UUCAAAGCAACAACAAACGGCGCCAAAAUAGCGUACGCAAUUUAGAAAAGCGAAAACACGGCAAUUCGCAGCAAAUCACGGAGCAAAUCGCACGCACACACGCCACCAUGAGCAUGAGCAUGGACGAGUCCAUCUGCGCGUACUUCGUGAACAACCUGAAGCCGGCUGGCGACGGCGGAGGGGCAGGGGCAGGGGCCAUCCAGGAGGCGGACACUCUGGAGCAGUUUGAGGCGUCGCUGGAAAUGCUGGGCCAGCAGCUGGCCGAGACCCAGAUCCGGCAAAUAAAGCCCAGCGAGGGCUAUCCCCUGAUAGCAGGCGGCAACCUGACCAAGAAGGAUGUCUUUGUGCUGGCCCAAUUCGAGGGCGACUUCUUCGACCAGUUGCAGCAGACGCGGGCCCUGAUCCUGGGGCCACCCUGCCUGAUUACCUGCCUGCGGCGCAACGAACCCAUUCCCGAGGGCAGCAAGGCCAUCUACACCACGGCCAUGCGGGAUCUGCAGGUCUCGGCCACAGGGAUAACGCCCCAGAAGAAGGAAGAACUGAGCCGACUCAUCCACUGGAUGGGCGGCACCUACUUCCAGAGCUUCGGCCAUCGCACCACCCACCUCAUCUCGAACACCAUCAAGUCCAGCAAGUACGAACAGGCCACGCUGAACGGGGUGCCCGUGAUGCACGUCGACUGGGUGCAGUACGUCUGGGACCAGAGUCGACGCAGCCAGCGCGAGGGCAUCAGUGCCACAGAUCCCGAUUUCGACAAGUACCGGCUGCCCAUCUUCUUUGGGGCCAACAUUACCUGCAGCGGCCUGGAUGUGGCGCGCAAGGAUCAGGUGAUGCGGCUGGUCAACGAGAACGGGGGCAUCUAUCAUCGCGCCUUCCGCUCCCAGGUGGUGGACAUCGUCAUUACCGAGCAGUCAAAGACGGACACUGAUAAGUACAAGGCAGCCAUACGCUACAAGAAGGAUGUCCUGCUGCCGGAAUGGAUCUUCGAUAGUUCCAAUCGCGGUUAUGCGCUGCCCACCAAGGAUUACGAAGUACGAGCACGCAAGACGUCCUCCACGCCCACCAAAAGCAAUCGUUCGGCUGCAGCUCCCGGUGCGGAUCAGACUCAACUCUCGGAUCUCUCACGGAUCAGCUUUGUGUCCAACUCACGGCGCAUGUGCAGCGAUCUGACCACCGUCAACGAAUCCGUCAGCAGUGUGGGCAGCAGCUCGCCCGCCAAGGAUCUGCUCAAGCAAGCCACCACCACAAGCAGUGGCAGGAACUAUCAGCAGGUGCUGGCCGAGAUUUGUCCGCGGCAGGCGAAGAAGGCGGGAGCCUUUCUGGACGGCUGCUGUGUGUACUUGAGUGGCUUCCGCUCGGAGGAGCGGGAAAAGCUCAACAGAGUGCUGAAUACGGGUGGAGCCACCCGUUACGAUGAGGCCAACGAGGGCAUCUCUCACAUCAUUGUUGGCCAACUGGAUGACGCCGAGUAUCGGCAGUGGCAGCGCGAUGGUCUCAUGGGUUCAGUUCAUGUGGUGCGCCUGGACUGGCUGCUGGAAAGCAUUCGAGCUGGUCGCCUGGUCAGUGAGCUAGUGCAUCGUGUGUCGCUGCCACAGAAUCGUGAGCCCGACGUGGCCUCGCCAGCCAGCAAGCGAACCCUGCGCUCCAUGAACCACAGCUUCAAGCAGCCGACGUUGCCCAUCAAAAAGAAGCUCUUCGAUCAGGAUCCAGAUCCUGUACAGCAGCCGGAACAGGAGGAGCCGGAUCACACGUUGCUGGAUCAGUACUCACAGGAUCAAGGGGCAGUGGCGCAGCUGCCGCCGGCGGACGUCAGUCUCCUCCAGCCAGCGGCCAGUUCCACGCAAAUGGAGAUACGCCUGCGGAACUCGAUGGCGGCCCAUCCCAAUCCAGCCGCCGCUGCUGCUCUGCCAUUGCCCGAUCUCAGUGCCAGCACACUGUCCAUUGAUUUCGAUAAGCUGGACUACUUUUCGGGCCACUCCGUCUAUGUGCACAAGGAGUGCUUCAAUGCAGAGUUCUUCAACCAAAUGCUGACCGAAUGUGAGACUGCCCAGGGUCUGUUGGUGCCCUCGAACUUUAAGGAUGAGGUUGACUUCGCCAUCGUCAGCUUUGAGGUGGCCUUCGACGUCAAGGAGCUGCCCGUCAAGGCCCGAGAGGUGGUCACCGAGCUGUAUCUAGAGAGUUGCAUGAAGAAGAAUCAGCUGCUGCCACUGGAAUACUACCACAAGCCCAUCCCAGCCACUGCACUGCGUCAGCCGCUUAAGGGAAUGACCAUUGUGGUCUCGAUCUAUGCAGGAUUGGAGCGGGAUUUCAUUAAUGCAGCAGCAGAGCUUCUGGGCGCAUCCGUUAAUAAGACUUUCAUCAAGAAGGAGAAACCCCUGCUGGUGUGUCCCAAUGCCGAGGGCUCCAAGUACGAGGGAGCCAUUAAAUGGAACUAUCCCGUGGUCACAUCCGACUGGCUCGUGCAGUGCGCCCGGACGGGCCAAAAGCUGCCCUAUGUGGGCCACUUGGUGGGCAAGAGUCCGGAGGAUUUCCCCAUAUCUCCGCGUUUGCGGGAAAGCAAUACCCGAACGCCGAGGCGACAGACGGAGAGUACACUGGUGGCUCCACCAGAUGUCACCAUGGAGGAGGAAGAAAAUCAACCGGCGGCGGCUGUCACACCUGUUGCCGCUGCCAAUCCCCAGGCAGCAGCUCCAGAUCUAACGCCUUUGCGCAACAGAAGGGUCUCCGAGCUGGCCGGAAUUCCGGGGGGCAGCGCUCGUCAUCGCAGCAGCAGCUCCACAUCGUCUCCCGAUUCCCCUUGCACGCCACUCAGCCAGGUGGGUGCCCAGAAGUACAACCUGGACUUCCUGGAGCAGUUCGUCCAGCGCCUGGACACGGAUGAGGGCAAGGAUUGUGUGCGCGAGAUCAUCCGUGAGAUGCAGGAGAACCAAACGCCGGAACUGGAGCGUAUUCGUCGGCAGGCCUGCACGCCCAUCAGUCGCAAGCAUCCACGGCCAGCACCGGGGAUUCCAGAUUUCUGUCUCACUCCAGAGUUCCAGCAGCGAAUGGCGGAUGAUUUCGAGCGGCGCUGGCGCCUGCCAACACAAAAAAUCAAACCGGACACACCGCUGGCCGUGAUCAGGCAGCGGGUGAUGCGCAUCACAUGCGAAACCCUGGGCAUCGAAUACGAGGAUGCUCAAAAGCAAGAGGAGCAGGAGCAGCGGGAACCACCAAGUACGCAGAAGAAGAAGCCGCCAAUUAGAACUCAGGCCACCAAGCUGAACUUUGAUAGAUCCCCGAAAACACCCAAGCUAUCGGUGGGUGGCAAGAAGACGCCUCUCAGGGUGUCCAUGGGCUCACCCCGAGCCGGAAGCCAAUCCCCUUUUGUGCCCAACACACAGAGUCCAACAGAAGCAACAACAUCUGCUCCACGACGAUCAGAUGGCCCGACUAUGAGCGAAGAAGCCCAGAGCACCAUUAACUUCGACAAGAUUAGCUUCGAGGAGUCCGCUGCUCCCGUAAUCGCGCCAGAUGUCAAGCAGAUCACGGACUACCUGAAGAACUGCGAGUCGCGGCGGAACAGCCUGAAGCGCAGCCACGACAGCGACAUGGAGUGCCCCGAGAGCGAGGUGCAGUACGUGCAGCCCUUUGAGUCCGAGGGCUUCGCCCUGGGCACCGAGGACAUGGUGGAUUGGCGCGACCCAGCCGAGUUUAAUGCGGCCAAGCGGCGAUCUUCUGGCGGAUCACCCAAGAUGCAGUAUAGGGGCACGCCCUGCUUCAGCAUUUCGUGCGGCGAUGAUGGUGAGAAGCGAGCGGAGAUGAUCGAACGAAUCACCCAGCUGGGCGGCAAGUUGUGCGAGAAUCUGGUGAACUACGAUGAUGCCUGCACCCAUUUGCUGUGCGAGCGUCCGAAUCGCGGCGAGAAGAUGCUGGCCUGCAUUGCGUCGGGCAAAUGGAUCGUCAACAUGCAGUACAUCGAGCAGUGUCACACGCGAGGUUACUUCCUGGACGAGACCCUCUACGAAUGGGGCAAUCCGAAGGCCAUCAAUAUGCCCACCCUGGCGCCGGAGGAGGAGCCCAUUGCGGCCGCCGUUCAUCGUUGGCGCACGGAGUUGGCUGCUUCUGGCGGUGGAGCCUUCUCCGAUCACCGGGUGAUCCUCAGCAUGCACGAGCGCAGCGGGGCGCCCAUCAGGAAUGUGCUGCGUGCCGGUGGAGCCACCAUCCUGGAGCCAACUUCCCCAUUUUCCGCCGAUCCGGUGGCCUCCACUGCCACCCAUUGCUUUGUGGACAUGAAGAAGGCACCGCUGUCGCCCCGGGACAUGGCCUAUCUCCACCAGUGCGGUGUGCAAGUGCUCAGCCAGAUUGCCAUCAACACCUAUUUGAUGAACGGCAGGGAUGCCGAUCUGGGGAAAUACGAGCUGAACUGAGUGGGGGGAUACCGAUUUGAAAUCAUCAUAGUUUUUGUUCCUGUUCAAAAUUGAUAUUUUCUAGUUUCUAAAUGGUUUCAAUAUAAUUAGUCAAAGGUCAUCAACUUGUAUAAUUAUCAUGAAUUUUUUUGUUUGCACUGGAAAUCAAUGUGUUCCUUUGGGCUCGAUUCCAAAUUGAAUAAUUUUCCAAACAUUAUUUAUAAUUUACCAAUGUACUAAAUGAAAUGAAAAGCGUUAAUGGACUGCAAAACAGUCGAACUGAUAAUGCUACUGAAAUAUAAGCAACUCUUUCUUUUCUAAAAUGUGUUAUUUUUAAAAAAUAAUCUAUCUUACAAAAAAAAUUUCUAUUUACACAUUUUCUUUUUUCC